UUGAUAUUUUACCAUUUUUGAUCGAGCGACGGACGCAAAAACGGUUGUUGGGAAUCGGCUGCUCGCGACGCCGCCUCCUCCUCCUCCGUUCUGGUCGAUCUCGCGCGAUCGGAGCCCCAGGGUUUUGGAUCUCUGCGUCUCCGCCUUUCUUGAGCGCGAAACCUAACCGGAAAAAUCUAGCCUCGGUCUGGUGUGGUGGUGCCUGGCGAUUGACGGCGGGGAGCACAAUGAAGGGCCUCUUCAAGUCCAAGCCGCGGACGCCGGCCGACAUCGUGCGGCACACGCGGGAACUCCUUAUUUACAUCGAUCUCAACUGGAACUCCAGGGACCCCAAGCGUGAGGAGAAGAUGUCAGAAUUAUGUAAAAAUAUACGGGAGUUGAAAUUUAUUCUCUAUGGCAAUAGUGAAUCGGAGCCAGUAGCUGAAGCUUGUUUGCAGUUGACUCAAGAAUUCUUUCGAGAGAACACCUUGCGACAAUUAAUCAUUUGUCUUCCAAAAUUGAACUUGGAAGCCAGAAAAGAUGCUACUCAAGUUGUGGCAAAUUUGCAAAGGCAACAGGUUCAUUCAAGGUUAAUUGCUUCUGAAUAUUUGGAAGCCAACAAAGAUCUUCUGGACAUUUUAAUUUCGGGUUAUGAAGACAUGGAUAUUGCGUUGCAUUAUGGGGCUAUGCUAAGGGAAUGUAUUCGACACCAAAGUGUAGCUAGGUACGUUCUAGAGUCUGAAUACAUGAAGAAAUUCUUUGAUUAUAUUCAAAUUCCAAAUUUUGACAUUGCGUCAGAUGCCACUAUCACCUUUAAGGAGCUUUUGACGCGGCAUAAAUCAACUGUGGCCGAAUUUCUAUCCAAAAAUUAUGAUUGGUUUUUUGCAGAAUUCAAUUCCAGGUUGCUGUCAUCCCCCAAUUAUAUCACAAGAAGACAAGCUAUCAAGAUUUUGGGAGACAUGUUGUUAGACAGGUCAAAUUCCGCAGUUAUGGUGCGCUAUGUUAGCUCAAAGGACAAUCUUAUGAUUCUAAUGAAUCUUCUCAGGGAGUCAAGUAAGAAUAUCCAAAUAGAGGCAUUCCAUGUAUUCAAGUUAUUUGCUGCUAACCAAAACAAGCCCCCUGAGAUUACAAGCAUAUUAUUCACUAACAAGGAUAAACUUCUUCGGUUUUUUAGGGACUUCAAAUUAGACAAAGAGGAUGAACAAUUUGAAGCGGACAAAGCUCAAGUUGUCAGAGAGAUACAAGCUCUGAAGAAGGAGAACUCUUCUUAAUGAAGUUUGUGUUACGACUUGACCAGUCCCUUGCAUCGUUUGCACAGACCAACUAUAUAGGUGUAUGGACACGAGACGCUGGCCUCUAUGUAUUUUAUUAUGAGGGGAAAAAAAACGAAAUGCAUAUCGUGGAAAUCAUUUAUGAAUGACCAAUAUAUAAAUAUUGAAAUUUGUAAACGUAUGAAUGCAUCGAGAUUGCAUAAUGCAACAAAAUCUGAUGCUUUUGUAAUAUUUGAAGAUGAAAAGUAUGGUUUGUGCUUUAUUUA